GUGUGCAUGAACACACACACACACCAAACACUCUGAGAACCACUAGACUCUAAGAGGAACAGAAGUACACAUCUAUCUGCAGUUCUUCUGAAAAAGAUCUGUUCCAGGAUGAAAGCGUCUAGAGACGCCACCAUAUUUAUUGACCUGAGCUUUCUUUCUUCUGAGGAGGAAGCGGUUAUUCACAAAGUGCUUCUCAGAGACGAGGAUUUGAAAAAGCACGAGAUUGGACGUGUAAGGAAGCUGAGGGAGUUGGUCCCAGACCCCAAGCAGCUGAAGGUUUUAUCAGGUGAAUGGUUCGAAGAACUCAAGUCAAAGCGCUACGGACGCCAGCCGCACGUCUCGGCCGUAGUCCGCUCAUCUAUGAGAUGGAAGAAAUCAGCAGACCAUAAACCGAAUCCCUUCCUGAAGGCUGUGCUCGAGGAUAAAGAUGAUGAAAAGAACAAGACUCACCCAGAUGUAUCUACUGACCCCCGAUUGAUCCACCCAGCUCUCAGUGUGCAGGUGCAGCAGGAAAACAUAGAUGAAGCCAUCAUUUUAGAGCCCCCUGGAGUUAAACUAAAUAGUCCUGUCUUUAAAGUAAUUGAAGCAGGAUGUCAAUCAGGACCACAAAUUCAAGAACAAGCACCUCUUGUUGAACCUCCGAAACUAGAGUCUAUGCAGGAGUUGAAGAUAAAACCUGACAUUACAAAUAAAAUCAAUACAAAUAUCUCGGAUACCGGAAAAACAACGCUGAACGAGGAUUUGAGUGUGGAGACCAGUUUGGAGACCAGACCCAAACAGACAGAUGAAAAUACGGCUAGAAAUUUCAAUAUACGGUCUUUUAGCAAAGCACAGGAAACCUCAAAUUGGGAAAUAUGUCAAUUUGGCAGUGAUGCUGAUGAGUUCAAAGAGCCUGAAUCAAAAGUUGAGGUUGUCAUAAUCAACUCUAUCAACAGUACAGAAACAAAAGCGAGCAACAAGCAGAACAAUCCCAGACCCGAAAUGGUGUUGAACUCUGGAUUUGGAUUCAAAGAAGAAUUUCCAUCUCCGAUACCAAAGAGAAGAUCUGGUAACAAAAUCAGUGUCACGAACAUCACCACAAAGCAAACAACUCCAGCAAGGAAAGAAGAGUUAAAUAUAGAUUCAAACAGAAAGGACAAUCCAGGUAUACUAGAGAAUUCAAAAAUAGAUCCAGUUUAUAAUGUAAACACGCUAGAUUUUGUUAAUUUGGAGCAGAGUGAUCCAAUGCAAGAAAAGAGACAGCCUGUCCAGGAAAUCAUAGUCACCGACUUUAGACGAAGAUCUCCAACCAAGAUGGAAAAGAUAAGUAUUGAUUUAGAUGUAGAAAAGAAUCCAGAUUUUCUUAAAGGCCCGGUUAAUAAUGCAAACACACCAAAAUGUUCCAUUUUGAAUCAGAGUUUAGAUCCAGUGCAGAAAGGAAAUGAAAGAGUUGCUGAGGAAAUCAUUGUCACUGACUUUAAACAAAGCUCUCCAACAAAGAUGAUGGAAUUAAAUAUCGAUUUAGAUGUGGAAAAGAAUCCAGAUUUUCUCGAAGGCCCGGUUAAUAAUGUGAACACACCACGUGUUAACUGGGACCAAAAGAGUUUAUAUCCAGUACAGAAAGGAAAGGAAAGGGCUGCUGAAGAAAUUGUGACCGUUGGCUCCAAACAAAGAUCUCCAACAAAGAUGGAGGAAUUAAGUAUCGAUUUAGAUGUGGAAAAGAAUCCAGAUUUUCUCGAAGGCCCGGUUAAUAAUGUGAACACACCACGUGUUAACUGGGACCAAAAGAGUUUAUAUCCAGUACAGAAAGGAAAGGAAAGGGCUGCUGAAGAAAUUGUGACUGUUGGCUCCAAACAAAGAUCUCCAACAAAGAUGGAGGAAUUAAGUAUUGAUUUAAAUAUGGAAAAGAAUGCAGAUUUUCGUGAAGGCCCGGUUAAUAAUGUAAACACACCAAAAUGUGUUAACUGGGACCAAAAGAGUUUAGAACCAGUACAGAAAGGAAAGGAAAGGUCUGUUGAAGAAAUUGUGGCCAUUGACUCCAAACAAAGAUCUCCAACAAAGAUGGAGGAAUUAAGUAUUGAUUUAAAUAUGGAAAAGAAUCCAGAUUUUAUUGAAGGCCCAAUUAAUGUAAACACACCAAAUUUUGCCAAUUUGGACCAGAGUUUAUAUCCAGUGCAGAAAGGAAAUGAAAGAGUUGUUGAGGAAAUCCUAGUCACCGACUUUAAAAAAAGAUCUCCAACAAAGGAGGAAUUAAUUGUUGAUUUAAACGUGGAAGCAAAUACAGACUUUGUGGAGGAUUUAAACACCGGGCCAGUUCACGAGGACGUCCGUAAAAAUGUGAAUAGGUUAAAGGACCCUGACAGAGAUGAGCUCCAAGAAUCAGUUGCUGGAGGAAAAAGAGUCUUUGAUGUGGAAUUGAGGAAGUCUGCAAACACUAAUCAAAAGGAUUCAGUGGAGAUUAAAGAAAUCGGUGAAACAGAACAAGAAGGUUGUUUUCUAGACAGGGAGGAUGAAUGUGGGAUCUCUGAAAGCGAUAUUUUAGCCAGUGUUUAUGCGCGCGCCAUUAGGCCCAAAUCAGGUGUGUCGAAAACAACUUUGGUACAAGAGCCAGUGCAAAAGUCUGCAGACGUGAUUCCGACUAUAGUGGUCAUGCCGUCUGAAUCUGAAGAGAUGAAAGAAAUGAGGCCUGUAAAGAAUGAGACGCCUGGCCCUGAAGCACUUGUUGAGGUUGGAAAACCUGGCACAGAUACUUGGGAGGAUGAAGGAGUGGAUUCGGACGAAGACAGCAGCUCAGCGUCCAGCCACGACUCGGAUUUGUCAGGAAAAAGGGGCCCGUUUUCUGCCAGUACACUUUCUGUUACAGAGCGCACUGCCAGUUUGCUGAGCGUCUACAGCGAUGCCGGAGACUUCGGGAGCGUAGCUGUGCAGGGAUCGGUGGAGUUUGCUAUAAUGUACAGUCCUCUUGGAGAGCUUGUCAUUAUGGUGGAGCAGUGUCAGGAUCUGGCCAUCGCAAACCCACGCAAACAACGCACAGACCCAUACGUAAAGACGUACCUCUAUCCAGACAAGAGAAGCAAGAGGAAAACUUCCAUCAAGAAGCAUACACUGAAUCCGGUCUAUGUUGAAUCGUUGAGAUAUAAAGUAAAACGUGAAGAAUUACACGGAAAAACUCUGAAUUUAUCUGUAUGGCACAAUGACUCCCGGGGCAGAAAUGCCUUUUUGGGUCAGGUUGAGAUCAAUCUGAAGCACUGGGACUGGAAACAUGAGGCGCUCACAUGGUACAACCUCCAACCAAAGAAUGUAGAUAAUCAGGAGUCGCAGGAAUAUCGAGGUGUUUUAUGUGUCUCGCUGAAAUACAUGCCAUCGGAAGCCACAGGUGGGUCUAAACACAGCCAGGCUAUGGGAGAGAUUCACAUCUGGCUUCGUGAGGCGAGGCAUCUGCGUCGCCUGAAGGCCCAAGGAGUCGACUCCUUCGUCAAGUGCUACAUGUUACCUGACACAAGUAAGAAGAGUCGCCAGAAGACCCGCGUGGUGAAGAAGACGCAAGACCCUGUGUAUAACCACACCAUGGUGUACGACGGCUUCAGAGCGGGCGAGGUGUGUGAGGCCUGCUGUGAGCUCACCGUGUGGGACAACAACAAACUCUCCAAUCAGUUCCUCGGAGGAGUGCGGCUCAGCCUCGGCACAGGUCAAAGUUAUGGGAAGAAAGUUGACUGGAUGGAUUCAGAGAAUGACGAAGUGGAGAUCUGGAAAAAAAUGAUGGCUAGUCCAAACAGCUGGGUUGAGGCAGAGCUUCCGCUCAGGUCUUCCAUGACUCCCAGGAAGUGAGACUGACACUUAAGAACAGCAGCAACUGUGUGUGUGGAUGUGAAUAUAUACAUAUAUAUAUAUAUAUAUAUAUAUAUAUAUAUAUAUAUAUAUAUAUAAUAUAUAUAUGGAUAUUUUUUUUAUAUGUGGAUAUUUUUUUCCAGAAAGUUGAUGAUUAGAUGCUAAUUAUCUUUGUACAUUGUCUAAUUCUUUAAAGAAUAGAAUUAUCUGAGCAGAUUUGAGUUGAAAUCCAACACAAAGACAUCACUGGGCAGAUUCCAUAAGCAUCAGCAGCUGAUAUAUACAGGAAGUGGAUGUGGACAGAUUUGUGUGUAAAAUGAUUAAAUGUGGAUGUGAAAUACAAAUUGCUGUAAUGUUUUUCAAUGAAGUUAGAAUCCGAUUCUAUUCAAAUAAAAGAAUUGUUUAGGGAUUUUUUUGUUUCCCCUCUGUAAAAUUUUCUUGAAUACAGUCAUGAAUAAAUUGGUGUAAGGUGCACCUCUGUCCAGCUGAAUGAUUUA